AUGACACAGCCAGAAAACGCCCCGUCUAAGCUGGUGCCUGGGCAGACAAGGAAGAUGGCCCCAAUCCCAGAGGGCGCCAGAAUUCAGAAGCGUCCCCUCACUCGGCGCCAGCUCCCAGCGUCAUCCAAGACGCCCGUCAUCUACGUGUCCUCAAACUCCCCCCUCAUGUCUGUCGUGAGGCGGACCAGGAAGUUCCUGGACAAGGCCCUGCGCAGCAAUGCUUCUGCCGCCAAGAACGUGUCGCUGCACGCCCGCGUUGAGGCACUGAAGCGAGGCAGCGGCAGUGGGACUGCUCGUGGAGCCGUGGUGACGGUCAUGGGCACAGGUAAAGCUAUUGAAAAGACACUAAACGUGGCAAGCUGGUUCCAGCAGCAAGGAGACUGUGACGUCGAGAUUAGAACACGGACUAUCGGAACAGUGGACGACGUGGUUACAGGCGAUGCGGACGACGCGUUUGGCGCUGACAGCGAAAGCCGACUGAGGAAGCUGAACUGCUUAGAAGUUGCCAUCAGUUUGAAGUGA